AUGGCGUCUAUGCAGAUUGAAGUGGCUGCAUCUUCUUCACCAUUUAGUUACGUCUCUCUAAGGGAUCACAAGCGGUCUGCAAACAUCAUGGGAUACGUUAAUUCCCAACGUGCUAGCAAGAACAAAUCUGUCGAUAAAGAUGUGGAUUCAUCAUGGCUUCCCUCUCAGAGUUCAAAAACCGACGAUUCUUGGCUGCCUACAAUCAGCCACAGCUCGACUCAUGUAACAUCGGAAUCCAAGGGUUCACGGAAAGUUGAAAAUGAUGUGGAUGAUUCUUGGCUUCCUGCCAUUGGUGAAAGCAAUGGGAAAUAUGGGACAAAUGCAAAUGAAUUGGAGAAUGAUAUUGAUUAUUCGUGGCUGCCGUCCACCUUCAUUGACAAUGCGAAACAUAUACAGAAGAAUGGUAACAUCAACAAGAACACGACCAAGAUCAAGACAAAGAAUACAAACAUGAGCAUGAAUAAAAACAAAAACAAUAGUGAUAGUAACAAUAAUAGUAAUAGUAAUAACAGUCUAAAGAAGAAAUCAGAUAAUGACCAUUGGGCGUUGGCCCGUAAGGUUGUUUUUCAAUGCGAUCAACAAAACCAAAAUGAUUGUUCACAUCUUCAACACAACGAUUCGCGUUCGAAAUCAAGAUAUGUUGUGGAAUCUCCAACUUUGAGUGGAGUUUCUUCCAUUCUUCAAAGAUGGAAAGAUUUGGAUGAAGUCAAGAACUCGAACGGAAAUGGAAAAAAAUCUCCUAGCAACGAUGACGGUUCCAGAUCAACUUGUAAGGAUAAUAAAAACAACACUUCACAUAGCUCUCCAACUUCAAGCACCAUUGAAGAUUCUGAUGCCAAUAUCGAAUCUAAUAAAGCAAGUCUCUCAAGGUGGCUUUCAUGUCCGCUUCCGAGCCGCCAUAACAAGGAUUCAAACCCCGAUGGUGCGGAAAAGGAGAAGAUUCGGGUGGUAGAUAUCAUCAAGAAGAUAUCAAGAGAAGAAGAAUUGGCUGCUUCUCAUGCUACUGGACACGAAAACCAAUCAUUGCCUCCAAUUCAAACCACUUUACACCAUAAACAAAAUGAAGGAGAACACAAAGGUAUCAAGCAUGUUAAAAUUCCGCGCCAUUUGAUACGAGGACGACAGGCUUUUGAAACAUUUCUUAUCCAAAUGGAGCGUGAUAAGCAUCGCGAGCUCAAAUGGCUGGUCGAUCGUAGAGCUGUCUCAAAGUUUCCUCAUCGAGGCCGUAUCCAAUCUUUGCUUCGUUUUAAACUCCUACGUCUUGGACCUGAACCAAAACCAGAAGACAAAGUACAUAGGUAUCAUGUAUCAAAGCCAUUGGAAUCAAAUAAUUGCUUAGAUAUCAUGGACCUAAGGGAAAGGUUUAACUCCGGAAUUGAGAAAGGAGCAAUUGAUUCAACGAAAGACCAAAGAAAUGAUCUUAAGAACAACACCAACAAUGAAUCUCCGGCUACCACCACCUCUACUAAGUUGGUAGAAUUUAAGACAAGGACCAAGACGACAACCAGCAACAAGAAACAAGAACCACAACCAGAACCUGAGCCCAUGACUCCAAAUCAAUCAACACAACACUCCACGACUUCUAGUAAAGAUGUGGUGCAUAAAGCCAAAUUUGUAGAUAGUUAUUCCAGCCCCAUCACGCGUAAGGAUGACCUGCAUGAUGAUGAUGAUGAAGAAGAUGAAUUCUAUGAAGAUGAAGGUCAAUUCAUGUCAGCUAAAACCUCUUAUAGUCAAAUGGAAGAUAGAAAUAGGAAUAGAAGGAUGCAAGCAUUAGAAAGCUUCCAUGAUUGGAUGACAGAUAGUGACUUGGAUGAUGACGAAUCUUAUGACACACAACGUUUCGACACAUACUAUGAUUGGAUCAGCCACAUAUCACGCCCAAAAUGUGAUUGGGAAGAUAUGAGGCAAGCAAGGUACCAAGAGAUGCUUCAUGAUUACUCAUCAGCAAACGGAGACAUACAACGACUUCUUGAAAGAAAAAGUGUGUCUAGUUUUCUUCAGAGUAGUUUGUGUGACCGUAUCGAACAACUAAUGGUGAGUCGGAUCCAGCACUCACAUGCCGAAGUAGAAAAACAAGGCGUAGUAUUAAGAAAUAAAGAAGAGUUGAGGAAAGAAGUUGAACACGAAGAUGGUUCAAUGUUAGAUGAAGAUUGUAGGAGCAAAAUCAAGACAAAAUGUAGUGACUACGUAGAUCAAACUGUAUAUUCAGAACUAUCAUGGAGACCUAAUGAUGCUGCUUGUAACUCGGAUACAACGACUACAACAUCUCCAUCUAUAAACCGCUCUUUAUCGUCUAAUCAGUCACAUAACAAUAGUACUCCACGAUCCUCUCCCGCCAUCAGUCAUCAAACCAUUGAGAUGGAACUCAUAUAUGACUUGAGAGGACACAUGGAGCAACUCCAUCACGAGAUUAAGGAUCUACGAAAAUCUAUAAAAACUUGUGUUAAUAUGCAAGUCAAACUGCAACAUUCUUUUAACCAAAGUGUUGGUGCGGCCACAACUCGUUCAGUUCAAAGGAAGGAAAUGAAGCCACCUGGUAUUGUGAAACAUAAUUGCUUUAUUUGCUAUGAUGCACAAGUCGAUUCACUUCUAUACAGAUGCGGGCAUAUGUGCACUUGCUUCAAAUGUGCGUUGGAGUUGCAACACACUAGCGAGGAAUGCCCAGUUUGUGAAGCUCCAAUUGUAGAUGUUGUGAAGGCAAUGUGCUCCUGA